AUGGCACAGCAAGAUCAGCAAGUGAUGCGACGGAAACUCGUGAUUAUCGGCGACGGCGCAUGCGGCAAGACCAGUCUACUAUCAGUCUUCACAUUAGGCUACUUCCCAACACGAUACGUACCCACAGUCUUCGAGAACUACGUGACCGACUGCCGAGUCGAUGGCAAAUCAGUUCAACUAGCCCUAUGGGAUACAGCCGGCCAAGAAGACUACGAACGCCUACGACCACUAGCCUACUCCCAAGCCCACGUCAUCCUCAUCGCCUUCUCCGUCUCCAGCACAGAUUCGCUGCAGAACAUCACAACGAAAUGGUAUUAUCACAUCCAAGACGACCAUAUAGACUGUACUGAUAGAUAUCUCAGGCACCCCGAAGUCCUAGAACGCUGCCCCAACGUCCCCAUAAUCCUCGUCGGCCUCAAAAAAGACCUCCGCGACGACCCAGCCGCCCAGGAAGAAAUGCGGAAACGCAGCGAGAAAUUCCUGACCUAUGACGAAGGCGAGGAGGUUCGCCGCCGGAUAGGCGCGAAGAAGUACCUCGAAUGCUCGUCCCUUACGGGCGAAGGGGUGGAUGAUGUGUUUGAGGCCGCCACACGGCAGAGUCUGCUGAGCGGGGAUCGGAAAGAGGGGAGGGGGUGUUGUGUUAUAUUAUAA